AUGACUGACGAUAGAGCUGUCUUCACCUUAACUAUGUCUCCUUCUUUAUCAAUAGCAAACUCCUUUGUAUCUAACCCUCACAUCUCAGUUCCUCAAUAUCACCCUAAACUCAACGUCUCAAACAACAAACCUCAAUAUAAAGACGUUAAAUUGAAAACUUAUGGCGUUUAUAUGAUCCCUCUAACUGAUGACAUUAACCAAAUUGAUGAAAAAAAUAACAUUACUGCCACCACUAAUACUGCCACUACCACUACCACCACCACCACCACCAACAACAACAACAACAACAUUAAAAAUAACACUACUGCUAAUAACAAAAAAAUAACUGAAGUCUCUUAUAUGCUAACAAAAUCAAGAUCUUAUAGGAGAAACCCAGCCUUUUUAAGAAUUUAUGCCAAUGAAUAUACUGCCAUUUGUAAAGAUUUAAUCCCUAAUUUCCUAAGUGAAGAAUUCUUCCAAUUGAUGGAGAGUAAUAAAAAAAUUGUCCAUAAGGACAAUAAACUAGCUCUACUAGCUUAUAAUAAGUUGUGGAAACUAAUGAAGUUACCUCCAAGAACUGAUUUACCAAUUAAUAAAAAUAACACAUUCUAUCAAAAUUCCUAUGUCUAUAUUGGUGACGAUCAAAAUCAAUCCAACAAGGAUACCACCAUGACCAACGAAACUAAUCAAACUAAUCAAUCUAAUAAACUUGAUAAAUCAGAUAAAUUUAAUUUUUUUGGUACAAGUGGGAACUUGCCCUGGAUUAAAUAUAACGAUGAGUUUAGAAAAUUGUUUUUCAAAAAUAAAUCCAUCUCUGCUAUUAAUGAGAAAAAUUUAGAAAAAACUAAAAUUCAAUUAAAUGAGAAAACUUUGGAUAAUUUAAAUAAAAACUUCAAACCAUGUGGGACGUUAAAAAAUAAUGUUCAGUUCACAGUCAAAGGAUGGGCAAAUCCAAGAUGGAUAAGUGCAAAUAAUUCAGACUAG